UGAUCAGUCGUUUCUGUUCGUAACUUUGAGCUAAAAAGAAAGGCAUUCCCUUGGAACUCACUCCUCCUGAGUCUGUUUUCGUUUUUCUAGGGUUGUCUUUCUCUCUCACUCACUCUUCCGUCUCUUUCUUUCGUUUUCGGUCUCUUUGAUUGGUAAGAGCCGCUUUUGCUUCUCCAGCAAGAGGUUCUAAGGAAGAAGGCACGAAAAUGACAGUAACACCGAAGAUCUCGAUCAGCGAUGGAAACCUGGUGGUUCACGGGAAGACUAUACUGACGGGCGUGCCUGAUAACAUCGGACUGACGCCUGGCUCAGGCGUCGGGCUCGUCGCGGGUGCUUUCAUUGGCGCCACUGAGUCCGAUAGCAAAAGCCUUCACGUCUUUCCCAUGGGUACCUUGGAGGGCCUUCGAUUCAUGUGCUGCUUCCGCUUCAAGCUAUGGUGGAUGACGCAGAGGAUGGGAACGUGCGGGAAUGAGGUCCCCUUGGAAACCCAGUUCAUGCUUAUCGAGAGCAAAGACGGGACGGAGGGCGUCGAUGACGACGGAGAGGCUUCCACCAUCUACACGGUCUUCCUUCCGCUCUUGGAGGGGCAUUUCCGUGCCGCUCUCCAAGGAAACGAGAGGAACGAGAUCGAGAUUUGUCUCGAGAGCGGAGACGCAGCUGUUCAGACCAACCAAGGAAUGUAUCUGGUCUACAUACAUGCAGGCACCAAUCCCUUCGAAGUCAUCACACAAGCGGUCAAGGCCGUAGAAAAGCACUUGCAAACGUUCCUCCACCUCGAAAAGAAAAAGUUGCCUUCUUUUGUUGACUGGUUUGGCUGGUGCACGUGGGACGCUUUCUACACGGACGUCACCGCCGAGGGCGUGGAUGAAGGCCUCAAAAGCCUAUCGGAGGGAGGAACUCCACCGCGUUUCUUGAUAAUCGACGAUGGGUGGCAAGAGAUCGGCAGCGAAGUCAAGGAUUCCAACUGCGUCGUUCAAGAAGGAGCACAGUUUGCUAACAGACUAACUGGAAUAAAAGAGAACUCCAAGUUCCAGAAGAAUGGAAGGAACGAUGACCAGGUUCCCGGCCUCAAACUGGUUGUGGACGAAGCUAAGCAACAGCACAACGUCAAGUACGUGUAUGUAUGGCACGCCCUAGCAGGCUAUUGGGGUGGGGUGAAACCUGCCGCAUCCGGCAUGGAGCACUACGACUCCGCCUUGGCCUACCCCGUGUCGUCUCCUGGUGUAAUGGGGAACCAGCCUGAUUUAGUCAUGGAAAGCCUGACCGUCCAUGGCCUCGGGUUGGUGCACCCCAAGAAGGUCUAUAACUUUUACAACGAGCUCCAUGCCUACCUGGCCUCCUGCGGCAUCGAUGGCGUCAAGGUUGACAGCCAAAACAUCAUUGAGACCCUCGGUGCAGGCCAUGGUGGCCGCGUUGCCCUCACCCGCAGCUACAUCCAGGCCCUUGAGGCCUCCGUCUCUCGUAACUUCCCAGACAACGGCUGCAUUGCGUGCAUGUGCCACAACACCGAUGGCAUAUACAGUGCCAAGCAAACGGCUAUCGUGAGGGCUUCGGAUGACUUCUACCCAAGAGACCCAGCUUCUCACACCAUCCACAUCUCUUCAGUGGCGUAUAACACCCUCUUCCUCGGUGAAUUCAUGCAGCCUGACUGGGACAUGUUCCACAGCCUACACCCAGCUGCCGAAUAUCACGGCGCUGCUCGUGCUGUUGGUGGGUGCCCAAUAUAUGUAAGUGACAAACCAGGCAACCAUAACUUCGAGCUGUUGAAGAAGCUGGUUCUCCCCGAUGGAUCAGUUCUUCGAGCCCAACUCCCUGGCAGGCCUACGCGUGACAGCCUCUUUGCCGACCCGGCAAGAGAUGGAACCAGUCUGCUAAAAGUAUGGAAUGUGAACAAAUGUUCCGGCAUGGUGGGUGUGUUCAAUUGCCAAGGUGCUGGGUGGUGCAAGGUUGCCAAGAAGACACUUAUCCAUGACACAGCGCCUGGUACCCUCACCGGCACUGUCCGUGCUCGUGAUGUUGACCUCAUCAACCAAGUUGCGGGCCAGGACUGGAAUGGCCAAGUUGUUGUAUACGCCCAUAGAUCUGGGGAGGUGGUCCGGCUACCGAAGGGUGCUACACUGCCAGUGACACUCAAUGUUCUUGAAUAUGAACUUUUCCAUAUCUGCCCCCUCAAGGAGAUUACUUCCAACAUCUCCUUUGCUUCAAUUGGCCUGCUUGACAUGUUCAAUGCCAGUGGUGCUGUUGAUCAAUGUGACAUCCGGAUGGAAUCCACUGCCUCAGAGCCGUUCGAUGGUGAAGUCGCCUCUGAGCUGUCAAACGCUCUAAGUGAUAGCCGAUCACCGAUGGCAACAGUGGCUAUCUCAGUUCGUGGCUGCGGGCGAUUCGGUGCCUACUCAUCCCAGCGUCCGCUGAUAUGCACUGUGGAUUCUGUCAAGACGGAAUUCAACUACGAUUCGGCCACGGGAUUGGUGACUCUGACUAUCCCGGUCCCGGAUAAGGAAAUGUACAGAUGGUGUGUAGAAAUCCACGUUUGAGGGGGAAAAGGAAACAGCUAGUGAUGCUGUUGGGAAGGUGGUUUCCUGGAAGGCGAAAUUGGGGUUUUAGGGGGUGUAAGAGAAUUAGAUCUUGUGCUGGAUUUAGUGGUGCUUAUGGUAGAGAGACGAGGGAAGUAGUCCUUUUAACUGAAAUAACGACUUUGUAGUAGGCAUUGUAGCUCUUUGGUGUCGUUUUGCAAUAAAAGUACCAGUAUGUCUUAUGAAAA